AUGCUGCUGCUAGUUUCUCGGGCACGCGGUCCGCCGCCCGUAAACGCGGCUGCCUCUCGCGCCAGGCCGCAGCCUGCCCCGCCCCAGCAGCUCGAGAUCCCUCCGCCGACAUGUUCCAGCGGCCACGCCGCCGCAGCUAUACCCGCCGACGCCGACCACCAGAGCGGCUGCGCCGAGGUUAGGGGGAGAGGCGGCGGAAGAGGCGGCCGACAGCUGUGUCUGAACUCGUCGGUGCGUGGCGUGAACGAGCUCUCAGCCUCGCUCUCUUCCCCGACGCGAGGAGAUGCGUCCCUCCUCAACCCGCUCCCAUCGCCCUCUCCUCGCCUGGUUUCCAGGCGCCCCGGCCGCCGCUCACCGCCCCACCUCGCCGGCCACCUUCCGCCGCAUCCUUGCUCUAGCCGCGUCGAGCUCCUGGCCGCUGCGGCCGUGCACCCCUCUCCUCCUCGCCACCAGACGCAGCCGCCGCCGGCCACCUCCCCUCGCCUCCCGAGCUCGUCCACCUCCUCUGGCCACCGCGCGCCCGCGCUGCACCUCGCCGCUCAGGCCCGCGCGCCCGUCGGUCUCGCCUCCUUCUCCUCGCUGAAGACCCCGUCGACCAAGUCCGGCGCCGCCUCAACCACGCGCGCAGCCGUGCGCGCCUCCCCUUCCUCUGCAACCGACGGCGUCGCUACAAGGAUGACCCCGACCCUGCUGUGCUGCGCCUCCUCCUAA